AGCAAUGGCCGACGUAUCGAUCGACGCAGCCAGUCGGCGCCCGGCCUCCGGACGGGUGACACGUUAGUGUGGGCUAAUGUCUCCGCGCUUCUCGAACUAACCUAACCAGUCGACCGCGUCUCCCACUAACACUCCACACCUUUCUCUGCUCCCGAUUUUUCUGCCGGAUUCACAUUUACUUUCAAGUAUAACCAGUAAAAGCGAAUAAAACAAGAUGGCGGCGUUCGUGGCCAAGCAAAUGGUGGGGAACAAACUCAGCGCCGUAAAAGGCGCGGUUGGUGGUGAUGGCGAUGACAGCGACGAUAAGGAGAAGGAAGAAGAAGCGGAACGCGAACGUCAGGAAGCGAUCCGUGAGGCUGAGGAGAGACGCAAGGAGAAGCACCGCAAGAUGGAGGAGGAGAGAGAGAAGAUGAGACAGGAGAUCAGGGACAAGUACAAAAUUCCCAAGAAGGAGGAGAUUGCAGAGCAGCAGCAACAGGAGCCUGACAAUCCUCUUAUGAGGAAGAAGAAGACUCCUGAGGAACUGGCGGCUGAGGCGGAGCUUGAGGACCAGGAUGAGUUCACUAAAUUGAAAAACACCAUCGAGACGCAGGUGAACGAACUCAAGUCGCAGAUCGAGAGUAAGUGUGUGAUGCAGUGAGCAGGACGUCGCGCCCGCACUCUGUUAUAUUAACCGAAUACAUGAUGUAGCUGAGCUAAACCAUUGUUGCAGUGUCCCACCCGAUCACCCCUCGUCCCGACCGCAAACCCAUUUCAGGAAUCAUUCGCGCUCAAAUAUUUGUGUAGGAAAGAUUCGAAUUCUAAAUUAUUUCGGAACCUAGUUGGCUAGUGGCGCGUUGGUGCUUGAUAAUGAGCAAUAAUAUUUUUAUACAUUCAUAGAACGUGAUGAGCGGCCAUCGAUACAACCGAGAGUGUAGGGAGAGGAUCGAGCCUCGUAACGUUAGGUCAAAAAGUCAUCGUACAUUCCGAACGGCACGCCUCGAACUCGUACGUGGCAACGAACCUGUUUAAUAUGUUGACGCUUGUGAUAUAUUGUUAUUUAAGUGUAAAGUGAAAAAGUAAAUUUUUAAAUACAACUAGAACGGUGUAAUAUUUAUAAAAGGAGGGAAUAAAAAACGUAAUUUAAGAAGUUAGCACGCGUGUAGUCGGCUCAAUCUCCAGUUACUCAUUCUCUCGGCUCCUCUUCGGAAUUCGGAUUUACAUUAAAAUAACAGUGUAUUCGGUCUUAUGAACAUUUGUUUUCAUCCAAAUUCCACUCGGCUUGUGUACCUUGUUGUAAUGGCUUGCGCUCUGCUCACUCUUCGGAUCUUCAACUUUUGCCUCGAAAUCUUUUGCAUGCGUGCUUAUGCAGUGUAUCGAUAUCGUGUCAGUGUAUUUGUAUUUUGUUUAGAUGUAUAUACCUUUAAUCGACCUAGCCUUAAUGUCCACAUCGAAGAUAUAAUAGGUACAAUAUUGUUACUGGCACGGCGACGCCGUCGGUGUUCUUUCAUGUUUAAUAUAAGAUCGAUGUUCGUUUAGAGUAAUAUAAUGUUGUAGAUUGACAAGACCUCUUGUUGUUUUACCGUUGAAUCAAGUUAGCGUAGUUGACGCGAUUCUUAAUGUUUUAUCGAUGUUUUAUGCUUAGGAUAAAGUAACAUUGUUUGAGCAAAAUUUUCGAGCGAUUAACGUUACGGCUUCGGUGGAUAUGUAAGCAGUAUAGACGAAGCGCGCCCGACCGGAUGGAUCUCGUCCGAUCGGGUGUCGAUUCGACGAGUGAGGCUGAUGUUGAUGAUGUUACGUGCAAGGCUAAUGGUUCGAAUGUUUGUCUCGACAUAUUAAGCUGCAAAUGCAAAAGAUUUGUUAUCGUCAAAAGCUGUGAUAUAUAAAUAAAAUAAACUAAAGCUGUGCGCCGGACGCGGCCAGACCGCUCGCGUUACAUAGUCACUUUAGCUUCUUGGUAACUCUCUUUCAAUCUUUCACGGACUUCAGUCUCAUCUAUAAGAUCUUCGACUUCAUUCGGAUUACCGAUCGUCCACACUUUCUCGUAGUUUAAAAUGUUCUUCGUCGAUAGUUCUACGAUAUCAGCACAUCAUGUAUUUUCAUCGUUAGUUUUAAAGUUACUUUGAAAUAUUAUAUCAAACCUUGUAGCGAUCGCUUGAUAGUUCGUUUAUUUUAUAAGCAAAUUUUACCGAGAUUAAUAAUUAUAUAUAACAAUAUAUAAUAUAAAUUGCGUAUUGAAAUCGUAUUUAACUAAUCGAUAUACAUCCUCACAGUGUAAAUACGACAGAUCAACAAUAAUUUCAGAACGUGUAUUUAGAACGCCGCUCUAUUUUCCGAAUACGGUUCGACACAUCACAAAGUAUUUUCGUAGCUUGUUUCGAGACGUUACUUUGAGCACGCCUAGCUGCCAUAGUCUAUAAAGAUCGUCUGCGAUGGGACCUUCGACGUAAGGAAUUCGACCGUCCCGACUUCUCUACUCGGAAACUUCACAAUCUUUUAAUGUUAAGAUAUGACAUAAACUAUUCAGUGUACGUGUGUUAGGUUAGGCUAAUCAUAUUCUACGAUAGUUCUAUAUACGUGCAUGGCAGUUCUAGCUAAUCUGUUGUUCGUAGUAAAUAAACAAUAAUAAUGUUAAGAUAAUCUUGGACCUGUUUUGAUAUCAUUUUAAACAUGACCAAUAUUUUGUCUCAUCCCCCCCCCCCACCCAUCACGCUCACGGCGCUCGUCUUUACCUACAUAGACCUAAUCCUAGAUUCUAUCUUCCUCUGUCGUCUUUCUAUCUAUCGUAGACUAACUUUACUCUUCGUUGUUGGCUCUCACGUAGUAAAUAGUGGUUUAGAUACGUUAUUUUCGUACGUAGCGAGGUUUAGGCGUAACUAAACGUUUGAUGUGAACCCGCUGAUUGUCACUAAAUUAAAAAUGAUGCUUGAUUAGUUAGUAUCUUGGAUUGUACUGUAAACGUUUGCAUGCGUGCGUGUCAUGCCUCUCGCAGUGUGUCGUGUCGUUAUCUCUCGACUAGUAUUUCCUCUCGACAUAUUAUCUAUGUUAAGAUGCUUUUUAAAUAUCUUAUUUGUAAGCUUUCGAUGUUUGGUGUAUAGUGUUACGGUUUCAACUGUAAUUAUAAAUAAUGUAUUAGUAUAAACUCGUUGCUUGAAUGCAAAUAUUUUGAAGGAAUUUGGGUGAUAUCAAAUUAAUGUCACCAUUCGAUCUCCCCAUAUUGUUAAAAUUUAUUGUCAUUGCGAUGUAAGAAUCGUCGAAGUGAUUGUUUAUUAUUUUUUUUUAAUGACAAUUAUAUUUAUUAUAUGAUAUAUAUUAAAUAAAAAUUCGGUAGCAUUUUGAAUUAAUAUCGCAAUUAUAAUUUAUUUAUCAUUGCAACAUUGUUUUCAUCUCGUAAUAAUUGUAAUGAAUUUACAAAGAGGUUUAUACAAGGUAGAUAUGUAGUUUAGUAAUAAUUGUAAAUUAUUUAAUAAAAAAAAAAAAACAAUUUAUGAAUGCAUUAUCCAACAAAACUAGAAUAAUUUUAAGCUCUUUGACUGACCAAUUUCAGAAUUCUCGUAAACAUCCGUUGAUCAAAAUUAAUCUUAUGACUAUCGCAUUCAGGGUAUUGUAAUUAUUAUUGUGUAUUUGUAUAAUAUCUAUCGUUUCAUUCUGAUCUUUUAGAAUCUAUGACUUUUUGGCCUGCGAUGGCAUUCAAAAUUUCAUACUUAAUCUUCGAUUAGGUAUUUAUAACGCAUUAGUCAACAAAUUGACUUGAAUAUUAUUAGUAGAAUAUCUAAACUGAUAGGUCUGUUCAUAUGACGCAAUCGUAGCUAUGACAUACGGGAAUAUGCGUGUGUGUUCGUUAAAUGGUUGUGUAAAUUGUGCGUUAGUGGGCGAAAUGCGUGCGGUACUCGAAUGUGUGUGAGAUCUGCGUUCGUGUGAGUGAAUGGGUUUGAAUGAACGAAAUGAAAUUUUAUUUUUCAAAUUAUCCACUGAAUAAUUCGAGGCGAUUAAUAAUAUUGGAAUAUAUGUUACGCUUGCGUCAUAUCAAUGGGGACGGAUGUUUUUUAUUUUCAAACUUUUAUUAUAUUUUAGCAAAUUGACACAGUUCCAACUAUUAUAUAGCUACAUUGUUAAACAUUUAUCAGAUAGCGUUAUAUAUGCACUAGGAAAUAGGACACACUCGAUGCGUUUGCUACUUUAAUAUCAAAUUAAAUAAGGUCUAAAUUUGUAUGACACCUAAUACGUUAAAAUUAAUAAUUAAACAAUAUCAUAAAAAAUUUAAAGUACGAUUUAAAAAAAUUGAACUAAUUAAUUAACUACUUAAUUUUAGUAGCAAAUGCAUCUUAUACCUGAUCCUACUACUACUACUGCGGACACCACAAAAUAAUGGCUUUGAUUAAACUAAACAAGAUAGAAACGGGAUUAGGUGAGACGCAAAACCGGUACAAAGGACAAUCUAGAGACAACGACACACCACACCAACACGAGCUUCGACACAGACGCCAGUAUUACACGUUUUUCAUAUUAUAUUAUAUGUAUUUAGACUUUUCCGAGUUGUAUAGAGAUUAUUUUGUAUCAAAGAACUGACUUUAAGUGCCACAGACCAUGUCGUUGCGCUUGGUAUACGUAACAAUUUAAACAACAUACUUUCUAUAUUGUGCGUUGAAGUCUCAGAAGAUCGCAUGCGUUUCUUUCACGUUAACACGUUACUCAGAGUACGGUCGAGGAAAAUAAUCGUUAUCUCUUUCUGUCUAGCGGUUGUCUCUUUCUCGUAGAAACUUCUAGAACAAUGAUUUCCUUCCUCGACGGUGCUCCGUUUCAGCGAUCUGUUCGAAGGGAACUGUCAUCGCCUACUGUAAGUACACGUUAGCGCGUUAGCUUUUAAUAUUAGUGACAUCUAGCGUUAAAAUUGCAAGUUUACCGAAAAUUAAAGGAAGUAACGCGUGAAGCGAGAAAAAAAAUUGUAAUGGCAAGGUCGCGAUCACUUUAAAGUGGACCGGGUCAUGUUGUAUUGUUAUUAUAAAGAAACGGUUGAAAGUUUAUCCAGGAUUACAUUUAACUUAGAAUUACGGAGGAAAACGAAAAUGAGGUUAUUGUUGAAAAUGUUUUUAGGUAAAUAAAAUGCGAUUGAGCUUUCUUGAUACUGGUUGUUAUUAAUGAUUUGCGUUCCGUUCGCUGGCCCCGGCUGUACAGAACUGCCGUUCAACAUUGGACUUUAUCUCGGAGGAUUAACGUUCUGUUUUCACUGUUUCUGUCACUUGUGUAGUCUCGUAAUGUUAGGCUUGUUUGCUAAAAAUUAUUUAUCGUCUUACUGUUGCGAAGCAUUGUUAAAUUUAUUUACUGGUCCUCAUUAGUUAUGUAUAAAAGUUUAGAGGUAGCCAUUUUCAUAUUAACUUUACUGUGAGUUUGAAAGUGGAUCGUCUACCAUGUUGUUAAAUAAUAAAUAAACUACAUUGUACCACCA